AUGGCAAACCAUAUACCCGAUGUUGACUCAAAGGCCAAUGUCGCCGAAAUUCCCACCAUCAGCCAUGCAGAAAGCAAUCAAGUACACUCCAGAUUUAAGUCCGCCAAAAAUGUCGACGGCGACACAGCCAUGGCGCUGUUCGAUGACCCGGAUGAGCUCCACGAGGAAGUCGAUCCGGUGGAAGCGAGGAAGCUAUUGUGGAAGAUUGACUUCAUGAUCCUGCCCUACCUGGCUGUUUGUUAUGCAUUCUUCUACAUUGAUAAGACAACGUUGAGCUAUGCUGCUAUUUUUGGGAUUCGGGAAGAUCUCGAUCUACAUGGGACUCGGUAUAGCUGGCUGAGCAGUAUCUUCUAUUUUGGUUUUCUAGCAUGGGCAUUCCCUACCAAUUUUCUGAUGCAGCGUCUUCCAAUCGGGAAAUAUCUGGGUGCGAAUAUUUUCAUGUGGGGUGUCUUCCUCAUGAUCCAAGCUGCCUGUAACAGCUUUGAGACCCUCGCCGUUCUUCGAGCCCUUGGCGGUGCCGCCGAGGCAUGCGCUGACCCAGCUUUCAUGCUAAUCACAAGUAUGUGGUAUACCCGUCGUGAACAGCCAGUGCGUAUCGGACUGUGGUAUACAGCGAAUGGCCUCGGUAUUGCAUUGGGCGGGCUACUGGGCUACGGGAUUGGUCACCUUCGUGGUGCACUGCCAUCUUGGAAAUACGAGUUUCUGGUGAUUGGUGCCCUAUGUUCUGCCUGGGGUAUCGUCAUGUUUCUCUUCCUCCCCGAUUCACCCGUUACAGCUCGCGGUCUUACCAAGAGAGAACGUCGCAUGGCUGUUGAGCGUUUGCGAGAAAAUCAGACUGGGGUCGAGAACAAACAUCUUAAACCGUACCAGGUUUUGGAGGCUUUCAUGGACUACAAGCUUUACAUUUUCUUCACUCUUGGUGCUGUUUGCAAUAUUCCCAACGGUGGUAUCUCGAACUUUGGCACUAUCAUCAUUAAAGGGUUCGGCUUCUCAACAUUGGUGACCACUCUCAUGCAGAUUCCGUACGGCUGUAUCAUUGCUCUCUCGAUUUUGACAUGCGUCUUCCUCAACGACCGCUACGAAAAUCGACGAUGCGUGUUCAUCCUCAUCUUCCUGAUUCCUAACAUUGCCGGCUCCUUCGGUCUUCGAUUUGUUCCCGUUGAACACAGUGUGGGUCGCCUGAUUUGCUAUUACCUCACAGGCCCGUACAAUGCUGCAUUUGUACUCGUUUUGAGUAUGCAAAUGGCCAACACCGCUGGCCAUACCAAAAAGGUCGUCACCAACGCCGUGCUCUUCUUGGGGUACUGCACUGGAAAUAUUGCCGGGCCGUUCUUCUAUAAAACCGAUCAAUCGCCUUCCUAUCCGCUCGGCAUCUGGUCCAUGAUUGUCUCGCACUUGAUUGAGGUCGUUUUGAUCUGCAUCCUUGGUCUAUUGCUGCGUUGGGAAAAUCAAAAGCGCGAUCGUAUUCAAUCCCAGAUGGAGGGUGGUCUCGAGGGGAGAGAUCUGGAUGCGACUGCGUUUUUAGAUUUGACGGACCGAGAAAACCUGAACUUCCGAUAUAUCUAUUAA